CCCGGAAGUAAAAUUGUGAAAUAUUGGAUCUGUCAAGUUUUCUUAUUUAUUCGUAUUCGGUUCUGCCAUAGUGAUGUCUUGGUAUCCAAAGUCGUCACACACCCCUCCCCCAGAAGAUAUGAUCUACAUGGAUAAACUUAGUGAGAUACUCACCCCAAUGACAAGGGGAUUAUCCCGAAAAGGCCCAGCAAAGAUUCUACCUCAUUUAUACUUAGGAAACUAUGACAAUGCCUUGGAUGUAGACAAUUUGCACAAACUUGGAAUAACACAUGUGUUGAACACUGCUGAGGGCUAUACAUCAACAGGUCCUGCUUUUUACGCUCCUAAAAUUGAAUACAAAGGAUUCGCUGGAGAAGACGAUCAUCAAUAUGACAUUUUUCAACAUUUUGAUAUGACUCGGAAAUUUAUUGAUGAAGCCAAAGCAUCUGGAGGAAUUUGUCUCAUUCAUUGUUUGAUGGGGAUUAACAGAAGUGGGGCUCUUGCAGUAGGUUAUUAUAUGCUGGAGACCAAAACGCCACUUAUUGAGGCAGUACGAAGUGUUAAAAGUCAUCGAGCUAUACUGUUAGUUAAUCAGGGAUUCCAGGAACAAUUGAUAAAGUUUGCUAGGAAGCAUCACAUGCUGGAGUCUAUUGAUGAAGAACCCACCCCUGACCCACCUCGCCUUUGAACUAUUGAAGGAAACUGAGCACGACUGCACCCCACUGGAGAAUGGAGAAUCUAAACUAUAACCAUGCACCAUGUCGAAAGUUCAUAUACAGCCAGUUGAGAAUUUAAAAAAUCAUGAAAAAUAUGGAUUAUUAUAACAAUUAGAACACUUUCUUGAACCAGAAUAGGUAAAUUGAGUUUGCAUUCAGUGGAGAAAAAAUCAUGGACUAGGCCUAUUUAGUUUUUGGAAUGAAAAUCUACUAUGGCUAGAAUAUGAGCCAGUUAUACAUGUACAUAAAAUGACAAGUAUGCUUAAUUUUGUUACAAGCAUGAAACCCCUGCAUAUGAAUUAAUAUUUUGCAUAUACUGCUGCAAAUGAUAAGGCAUUUUAAGAGAGAGAGCAUGGAUGUAGUCAGCCAGGCAUAAGGCAGGCAAGAGAGGGGCUUCCCAAUUUACACAACAAUUAAUGCAAAUAAUUUUUUCUGAAAAUAAAGUCAAAUUGAAGAAAUAGAAAUAGAAAUUUUUGCCUCACUUUUCAAAUUUGCCUGAACUAAUUUGAGAUCUUAGCUAUGACCCUGUAAAGUUGAUCCACCAGGUCAAAAAGUUGACUUUGGAAUGAAAUGAUCAAUCAUUCAAUGCAUAUGAUAUUGGCUGUUAGCUGGGUAUUUUGAAAUCAUGUCAUUGUCCAACCAAAGCUGAAACAUCUUCCCCUUGUCUGGAAUAAAUCUAGUCUUGCUUAAACAAUAAAUUAUUUUAUGCCACAGAGAAAGACGUUUGAAAGAUGUUCAUCAUAAGGCUUUUAGCAUUUAGUUAUCAUUACAUUAGUGUUUUAUAAUUUUAAAGAGUUAAACCAUGAAAGUGUGAGUGAUAAAAUGCAAUAUUUUGAUAUAUUUACUCAUGUGUAGCAAUAUUAUUAAAAUCAAUAUCAUGUAAUGUUUCAUGAAGAAGGAAAGCGGACUGCCACUGUAUGAAUAGAUAUCUAAAUCAUUUCUAUGUCACCAGCAGAAGUCAAUUGCAAGUUGUGACAAAUUGUUACAGUCUCCAACUUUUU